AUGGAUACAGAUCCAAAACAAUCAUCUUGUAAUUCUUCAAUACCUACUGUAAUGUUGCCUGUUGAUUCCCUUCUCCUCAUCUUUAUCCGUUAUCUUCAAUUAAUGAAAUUUAUUCCAUGGUCAUCACCAAUAUCUAUUUGUGAUCAGUCGAUUGAAAUAUCUGAACACAAUGAAAUAGAUGGUUCAUCCCAAAUUAUUUCGAAAAGAAAAAAGUUUAAAAACAAACAGCAAAAACUAUCUAUUGAACCUGGUUUAUGUGGUUUAACUAAUAUUGGUAAUACAUGCUUUAUGAAUAGUGCUAUCCAAUGUUUAAGUAAUAUACCUCAAUUAACCAAAUGGGCUAAAAAACAACAGUUAUCAAAUCAUGAACAGACUGUCACUCAAGCCUAUACUUCAUUGAUUAAAUCAAUAUGGUCAGGUAAAAACUCAUAUAUCUCUCCUCAUGAUAUCAAGAAACGUGUUAGUCAACAUGCUCCAAUCUUUUGUGAUUAUGCUCAAAAAGAUUCACAUGAAUUCAUGAAUUCUCUUCUUAAUGCACUUCACUCUGAAUUCAUAGAAAAUGAUUCUUCAAAAGAACAAUCUUCUAUUGUUACCAAUCUUUUUUGUAUUCAAACACAAUCUAGAGUAACAUGUUUACAUUGUGGUAUGUGUGAUUCACUUGAAGAGAUAACUUAUUGUCUUCCAUUACCGCUCGAAAAUGAAUCAACAGUAACUCUUCAAAGAUUGUUAAAUGAUUUUUUAAAAGAAGAAUUACUCGAUGGACCAUAUUAUUGUUCAAAUUGUCAGGAUCUUCGAUCAGCUAAACAAAAAACAAAUCUAUGUCAACCAUUACCACCAGUAAUUAUUGUUCAACUUAAACGAUUUACUUUUGACGAGACAAAUGAUAAAUUAAAUACAUUUGUUGAAUAUCCAAUUGUCGAUUGGAAUGUCGAUGAUAGUAAUAAUUCAUUGUAUGAUCUUGUCGCUGUUUCUAUGCAUGUUGGUAAUUUACAAGGAGGACAUUAUACAACAUAUGCUCGUUUAAAUGGUUUAGAUCAAUGGUAUCAUUUUAAUGAUUUGAAUAAUGAACCUGUUCAUAAUACGCAUUGUCUUGUAAAUCGAAAUGCUUAUGUAUUGGUGUAUUUGAAAAAAAAUUAA